AAGGGAGAAACCAAUUUCUUCACCUCUCAGAUGAUUAAGGAUUGCAUGAAGAAAGUGGUUGCCGUCAACCUUCACGAGACGGUCCGCGUCGACGACCAGCUGGAGAUCAAAUGCUAUUACGCGGGACACGUGUUGGGCGCCGCUAUGUUCCACAUCCGUGUCGGCCAACAGUCGGUGGUCUAUACCGGCGACUAUAACAUGACUCCCGACCGGCAUUUGGGCAGCGCUUGGAUUGACAAAUGCAGACCCGAUCUGUUGAUCACUGAGUCGACGUACGCGACCACUAUUCGCGACUCCAAGCGCUGUCGGGAACGCGAUUUCCUAAUGAAAGUACACGAGUGUAUCGAAAAGGGCGGCAAAGUAUUGAUCCCUGUCUUCGCUUUAGGCAGAGCUCAAGAGUUGUGUAUAUUAUUGGAGACCUAUUGGGAGCGCAUGAAUCUGAAGGCUCCCAUCUAUUUCGCUAUGGGUUUGACCGAAAAGGCCACCAAUUAUUACAAACUGUUCAUCACUUGGACUAAUCAGAAGAUUAAGAAGACGUUUGUCCAGAAGAAUAUGUUUGACUUUAAAUAUAUAAAGCCUUUCGAUCGGUCCUAUUCUGACAAUCCGGGGCCUAUGGUUGUGUUCGCCACACCCGGUAUGCUUCACUCGGGUCUCUCUUUGCAUCUGUUCAAGAAGUGGGCGCCCAAUGAGAACAAUAUGGCAAUUAUGCCCGGCUUUUGUGUCUCCGGAACUGUUGGCCAUAAGAUACUAAACGGCGCCAAAAAAGUUGAAUUUGAAAACAAACAGUCGAUUGAAGUGAAAAUGUCUGUUCAGUACAUGUCUUUCAGCGCUCACGCGGACGCUAAGGUUGAAUUUGAAAACAAACAGUCGAUUGAAGUGAAAAUGUCUGUUCAGUACAUGUCUUUCAGCGCUCACGCGGACGCUAAGGGAAUCAUGACUUUAAUACAACAGUGCGAACCCAAGAAUGUACUGCUAGUUCACGGCGAGGCCUCGAAGAUGGAGUUCCUGCACAAGAAGAUCAAACAGGAGUUCCAGAUCGAGUGCUAUAUGCCGGCCAACGGCGAGACCGUCACCAUUGAUACCAAAGUCAAUAUUCCGGUCGACGUUGAGAUCGAUCUGUUAAAGCGAUCGCUCAACUCGUCGAGCGAUAGCUCUGACCCGAAGCGGCCGAAACUACUUCACGGAACUCUUAUGAUGACCAACACUGGAACGGGUCCUCAGUUUCGUUUAGUAGAUCCGAGUAAAGCGAUGCAAGAGUUGGGAAUCAAACCGCAUAUCAUUCAAUUCACGUCAACCGUCAGACUUAAGGCCACAAACACUUCGCCUCAAAAAAUAACUGAAUUUUUGUUUCAAAAACUAAAAAAUAAACUUUGUGAUCAACACGACAUCAAACUGGCCAACGAUUGCUCAAUCAUAGCGUCCACAGCAAUGGUUAGAGUAAACAAUGGGUCCACUAAUGAUGUCAAAGAUGUGUACAUUUCGUGGUCCGAUCACGUGAGUAGUCGACCAACAGAUCAUUAA